GAUUGCAUAAUCAACAUGUGUUGGUGGAAAUAGUGAAAUUGCUUUCUGUAAUUCUGUUCAGCGACACUCACUGAGGAAAAGAUGUUGCGAGGAGCCAUCUCUGCAUAUGGGUCACGUACAAUACGAAACAGGCAUCUGAGGUCAAGAUUGUCCAACUACAAACAUGGUUGCAGGAGAUGCUAUUCUGCUGUAAGUAAAGCCCAGGAAAGAGUGAAGAUAUACCAACCAGGAGACAGGGUUCAUGGUUUCUCAGUUGAAAAGGUAGUUCCAGUUCCUGAAUUGUACCUGACCGCUGUCCAGUUACGGCAUGAAAAGACUAAUGCUCAGUAUCUACAUGUGGCUAGAGAAGAUACAAACAAUGUUUUCAGUGUCGGGUUUCGGACCACCCCAAUGGAUAGCACGGGCGUAUCUCACAUCCUAGAGCAUACAGUCCUGUGUGGCUCACAGGACUACCCAGUUAGAGACCCGUUCUUUAAGAUGCUCAAUAGAUCACUAUCUACAUUUAUGAAUGCAUGGACAGCUAGUGACUAUACGAUGUACCCCUUCUCGACUCAGAAUGCCAAAGAUUUUGAGAAUCUUCUUUCCGUCUACCUUGAUGCUGUAUUCUUCCCAAGAUUGAGGCAACUUGACUUCAUGCAAGAAGGUUGGCGAUUGGAACAUGAGGUGACAGAGGACCAAUCUUCACCUAUUGUGUUUAAGGGAGUCGUCUUUAAUGAAAUGAAAGGUGCCAUGUCAAGUCCUGAUCAGCUGUUUGCCCACAGCCUACAGAGUAGCCUCCUCCCAUCUCAUACAUAUUCACACAAUAGUGGAGGUGAACCAAUCAGGAUCCCCGAUCUAACCUGGGAUCAACUCAAACACUUUCAUGCUACCCACUACCAUCCAAGCAACUCCAGGUUCUAUACUUACGGUGAUCUACCCCUUGAGCGCCAUCUAGAGUUGAUUGAACAGAAGGCAUUGUCCCGCUUUGAACGUCUGCAGCCACAUACAGAAGUACCGAAUGAAACGAGAUGGACUAGUCCACGUGAACAUACUGUGUACUGCCCGUCAGAUCCCAUGGCACCUGAUCAAAAUAAGCAGACCACUUUGACAGCAAGCUUCGUCAUCAAAGAUGUUACUGAUGCAGAGGAAUUAGUGUUUGGUCAGAUUCUUGGCUCCCUCCUGGUAGAUGGUCCAACGGCGCCCUUCUAUCACUCUCUUAUAGGAUCUAGUAUUGGAUCUGAUUAUGCUCCCUGUAUUGGGUACAGCAGUCAAACGAGAGACUCAACAUUCAGUAUUGGCCUUCGAGGAUUAGCUGAAGAAGAUGUGGACAAAGUAAAAAAGAUAAUUGAAGACACCAUAGCAAAAGUUAUCAGGAAGGGGUUUGAAGCUGAAAGAAUUGAGGCCAUCCUUCAUAAGAUAGAGCUCUCUAACAAACAUCAAUCCACUCAUUUUGGCCUUGGUGUAGCUGCUGCCGUCAUGCCCAGUUGGAACCAUGGCAACGACCCAUCAACCAACCUAAAGGUCAAUCAGCUUGUUGAUAGCUUCAAAGCCAAGAUGGCCGCCGACCCCAAUUACCUGCAGUUAAAGGUCAAGGAAUACUUCCAGGACAACCAGCAUAAAUUGUGGCUUACCAUGAAACCCAAGGAGGAUUAUGUGGAGGAACAGGAGAGGGAAGAGAAAGAGAAACUAGAUGGGAUGGUUGCAAGAUUAACAGAGGCUGACAAGAAGGAUAUAUACCACAGAGGCUUAGAAUUGGCUGAAGAACAGGAGAGAGAGGAAGACAUAACCUGCUUACCCAGCUUGAAGAUCAGUGACAUCGAUGCACAGGUCAAAAGAACUGCUGUUGAAUUGAGGAAUAUAGGUGGUGUUCACACGCAGUUGUGUGAGCAGCCAAUCAAUGGGAUUACGUACUUUCGGGCCCUGUUCACACCCGACAACAUUCCAGAUAACCUCCAAAUCUACCUGCCUCUCUUCUGCAAUGUCAUCACAAAGAUGGGUGCAGGAGAGCUGGAUUUUAUUGAGUUUGCUCAGAAGGAAGAAUUAAAGACUGGCGGAAUCACAACAUCAAGACACAUAGCUCAAUAUCACAGCGAUAUCAUGCAGUAUGAACAGGGUAUCAGCCUAUUCUCCUUCUGUUUGGACAGGAAUUUGCCAGAUAUGUUUGAUCUUCUUCUCGGAGUAUUCACAAGCCCAAGGCUGAAUGACCUGGAUCGAUUGGCUACCUUGGUACGGAUGGAAGCAGCAGAAAUAGCCAACUCUAUCACACACAUGGGACAUGCCUUUGCCAUGAAACGAGCUGGUAGUAGUCUGUCGCCCUCUGGCAGGCUCCAUGAGAUAGCAGGAGGAAUGACCCAGGUAUCAUUUUUAAAAGGACUCGCUGAGUCCGAGAACCUGGAUCCAGUCUUAGCCAACCUUCGCACUAUCGCAUCUUUAGUACUCAACAAGACCAACAUGAGGUGUGCAUUGAACUCUAGCCCUGAAGGUAUGGAUGAAGCGGCCAAUCAGCUGAUGAGAUUCCUAGAUAACCUACCAGGAUCACCUAUAGGGGAUAACUUACAUUUAACCCAGGUAUCAGACUUCAGUCCUUUAGAAGAAAGAACACAUUAUGAACUCCCUUUCCCUGUUAACUACAUGAGCCAUGCAGUAUGUGGAGUGCCUUAUACACACCAAGAUUUCCCAAAGUUGAGGGUUCUUGCCCGUUUGAUGUCUGCCAAAUACCUCCAUAGAGAAAUCAGGGAGAAGGGAGGAGCAUAUGGAGGCGGAGCAUCGAUGGGUACGGAAGGAGCUUUCAAAUUCUAUUCAUACAGGGACCCCAACACAGUUGAUACAAUGUCAGCCUUUGAAUCAUCCGUCCAAUGGGCCAUAGAUGGCAAGUUUACCCAACAAGAUAUCGAUGAAGCUAAGCUUUCAGUCUUCUCAGUGGUGGAUGGUCCUCUUUCGCCAUCAGAAAAGGGUGUAACUCUCUUCACUUCAAGCAUCAAUGAUGAUAUUAGGCAGGCCCAUAGGGAUGCACUCUUUGCCGUCAGCAAAGAUGAUCUCAAAGAUGUUGCAGAAAGGUAUUUGUUGGCUGGUAAGAGGACCAAUGCCUCUGCUCUACUAGGACCAACUACCUCCAUGACAAGUCAGGGGUGGAGUAUACUUAAAGAAUGAGCUAUCGUUCCUUGGAGUGGAAGCUUUCACAUCCGAGGCAAAGAGUGAGUUAUUAUUGCUCAAACUGGAAGCUUUCGUAUCUGGAGAAAUCUGAAAUUGAUGAGGAUUUUUUAAGCUUAAGCAUGCCAUAUUAAUUUACCCUGUUACUAUAAUGAUGAGACAGUAAUGGAUUAUACCCAGAGUGAGUUAUCGAUUCUUAGAAAGGAAGCCUUCGUGUCUGAGGAAAUAUGAAAUUGAUGAGGAUAUCUGGACAUCCAGGACGCCAUCUUGAUUGACCCUGUUAUCAUGAUAUGAAAUGGUUUAUACUCUAGAGUGAGUUACCAUUUGGAGUGGAAGCUUUCAUAUCUGAGCAAAUCUUAUUUUGAUUAGGACUCUAAUAAGGAUUUCUGGAUCUUCAAGACGCCAUGUUGAUUGACCCUGUUACCGUAAUGAUAAGACAGUCAUGGAUUAUACCCAGGGUGAGUUAUCAAUUCUUGGAGAGGAAGCCUUCGUAUCUGAGGAAAUCUGAAAUUGAUGAGGAUAUUUGGAGCUUAAGGACGCCAUAUUGAUCAACCCUGUUACCAUAAUGAUAGGAUAUGAAUGAAUUAUACUCAAUGAGUGAAUUAUCAUUCCUUGGGGUGGAAGCCUUCAUAUCUAAGCAAAUUUGUAAUUGAUGAGGAUUUUCGAAGCUUCAGGAUGCCAAAUUGAUUAAACCUCUUACCAUCAUGAUAAGACAGGGAUGAAAUGUACUGAAGCAGUGAGUUAUUGAUUAGGAGCGGAGGCUACUAUUCCCAAGGGAAUAUCAUAUUAAUGGGCAUUCCACAUCCUGCCGUUGCUGUAGUCAUCAAAAUGUGAAGGAAACAAGAUCAAAAACAAUUUUUCAAGAGAGAGGAAUGAACAUCUUGACCUGUAUUUCUGAGAAUAUUAGCUCCAUUCCAUUCUAUAUGGAAAAAAAUAGAUGACAAGUAUCUAACUAUUCAAAUAGAAUGUUCCAAUCCUCUCUCUUUUUUGUAGUGAUAUGAUGUCAUCUUAUUUAGAGUCCAUUCUUUAUAAGAAAAUUGCAUAUUUCAUAUCUAUAUUUAUAAUCAAAUCAUAUUUAUUUUUCAAUCAGAUUGAAAUUCAAUUUUUUCAUGCAUAUGAAAUCCAAUCUUUCAAAGCAAAGUCGAAUUUGAACCGUUGGAUUUCUAUCUUUCCAACCAAAUUGGAUUCCAGUUGGAUUUCAAUCUUUUUUCAAAAAAAUUAUGAUGCCCAACUGCCCCAACAGUAUAGUUUCUAUCUCCACAAAUGAAGUCAAUUCUAAGCAGUUGAUUUUCUUUUCCUUUAAUUUCAUCUUUAUUUCACAAGCCAACUGAAAAUGCUCAUUAAAAUACAUAAAAUACAGUAUAAACAGUUAUGAAAGACGGACAAUAUCCAAGAUUUGCUUUUUAUGUCUUUAUUUCAGGAUGUUGUAUUGAUCAGGGGCCAGUCUCAGAGGCUCAGCAGCCAAUCACAAUCCAGGUGGGUGUUUCAUAAAGCUGUUCGUAAAGUUACGCACAACUUUACGAACGACUGGAACAUGUUCUUAGGUCAUAAAUCAAUUAUACAAGGAAUCAUCUAGCAUAAGAAAGGAUCACCAGUUGUCCGUAAAGUCAUUCGUAUCUUACAAACAGCUUUAUGAAACACCCACCAGGCCUCCCUGGUAGUUACAAUGAUGAUAAAGAUACCUUAAUCAUAAUUUUUUAAUGAAAUUGAGCCCACAGUGUUUGACGUUGAUCUUAAACGAGUAAAAUUACAAACUUUGUAAGGAAUGUAAGCUCCGAUAUCUUGCCUAUCACUUUGGAUACAUGCAUGUCUACUUUCAUAUCGAUUUUUCCUAUGAAGUGAAAAAGAAUAAAGCUACUUCUUGUUGUCAAUAAACAAAUCGCAAUGACAGAGAGUUGAAGACUGGUAAUGUUAGUUCAAUAAGAGUGGUAGGAAAUGUAUGUGUAGAAUUAAUGACUAUGCAUCUUUAUCAGGAUGUGAAUUUGGUACUGAAACCUGGGGAUAUUUUCUUCAACAUUUUUUCUGACAAGUUGUCAGAUCUUCCUUUGAUUCUGGUUUGGCUAAGAGGCACUACUACUGUCAUGGUAUUACUGUCAGAUAAAACAGGACUUGUCAGAUAAAAAGUCCGAAAACUCCUUUCAUGAAAUGCUCCCCAGAACCUCUCACUUUCCCAUGCAUUGUCAAUCAGAAGAAGAGGAUCAGGGGUCUGUUUUAUAGAGUCUCACAAAUAUGGUAACUAUUGUUACUACCAUGGAAACCUUAAUUGUGAUUGACUGAUGGGUCCUGUUACCAAGGUUGUUGUCAUAAAGGCACAGUUACCAUAAUUGUAGCUGUCAAUGAAGCAGGUCCCCUAAACUGUAACCUUUCCAAGUUAUUGUUAGUGGUUACGGUACAUAACUUUGCCCCUUUCUGUACUGAAUAUACACAGAUGAGAUAUGAAAUGCAGCCAUUUUAUGUACUCAUUUUUCUGCUGAAAGGUGGUAUCUUCCUAAGCUAUGAAAUAUAAAGUUAUUGUAUGAAUUCACAAUUUUUUUUAGUACACAAAUAUAUAUCAUAUUAAUUAUGAUACAUUCAUAAAUCGUUCAUAAAUUUGUGUGGAAUUUUAUUUAUUUUAAAUGUUAAAAUCAUAUGGAGCGUAAAGGUGUAUGUUUUUUGACACAUGGCAUGAGCGUGUUCAGUGACAAAUGUCAGCAAUAUUUCUUUGUAAAAUAAAAUGAAAUUCAAUGAAUUUUGAACAGGCAA